AGCCUCCUCCUCUCCAAGAAGCGCGCUUUGCGCAGGGAGCAGUUUCGCCUCAGCCCGGGCGCGCCUCUGUCCCCCUCGGCCGAGCAGGGCAGGCGCUGGUCGGCGUCGCUCGUCUGCGAGGCUCUGCCGGGAGAGGCUUACCGGAAUGGCUCCGGGGCACGAGAAGGCGCAAAGGCGUCUUCCUCCGCGGCUGGCUGAACCUGGCCCGGGCGCAGCGCGGCUCGCUCUUCCGACCCUCUGAAAAAGGGGAGAUCGUCCGGCGGAGAUUCCUCGGCGAGGAGACGGAGGGAGCCGAGAGGAAAAGAAAUUGGCCGAAGACGAAGGAGUUCCUUUAGCCCUGUUGGAGGCUUUUGUCAGAUGGAUGGGGAAGACACGUCUGGCCCUGAAACAGGAAGAGGUCCUCAUAUCACCCAGACAAGGAAUAGUGAGGGAUUCUCAGAAAGAACCAUGCAGAAGAUCCUGGGUGAGGAGGAGACCCUGAGCUCAGAUGUGCAGUGGCAACAGUUCAGGCGCUUCCGCUAUUGGGAGGCCGAGGGCCCCCGAGAGGUUUGCAGCCGACUCCACCGUCUCUGCUGUCAGUGGCUGAAACCAGAGCGACGCACAAAGAAUCAGAUCCUGGACCUGGUGAUCCUGGAGCAGUUCUUGGCUGUCCUUCCACCGGAGAUGGAGAGCUGGGUGAGGGAAUGUAGAGCAGAGACCAGUUCCCAGGCGGUGGCCCUGGCUGAAGGUUUCCUCCUGAGUCAGGCAGAGGACAAGAAGCAGGAACAGCAGCUGGGAAAGGAUCGCUUUACAGAUGUCCUUGAGGCUGAGAGGACUCCAUUGGAUGCCGGACAGAGGCCACUGGGUGAUGAAACGAUGCCGGCAAAACCUCCUCAGCCGUCUCUUUUUUGUGGCAGAGCAGAAACUGCUGCUGUGGAACCAGAUCAGGGUCCAUUGUCCUUUGAUGAUGUGGCCGUGCAUUUCACGGAGGAGGAGUGGGCCCUGCUGGAUCCUGACCAGAGAGCUCUGCGUAAGGAAGUCAUGGAUGAGAAUUAUGGGGUUGUGGCCUCUCUUGAAGACGAUGAAUUGGAAACCAAGAAUAUGGGAGGCAACAACAAAAUCCACAGAGUAGAGAAACCAUAUAAAUAUUUAGAGCUUGGGGAAAGCUUCAGUCAGAGAUCCCAUCAAAUAAUUCACAGUAGGAAAAAACCAUAUCAAUGCAUAGAAUGUGGAAAGAGCUUCAGUCAGAGCGUCCGUCUCACUGUCCAUCAAAAAAUCCAUACAGGGGAGAAACCAUAUCAAUGCUUGGAAUGUGGAAAGAGUUUCAGUCAGAAGGAAAGUCUCACUUCCCAUCAAAGAAUUCAUACAGGGGAGAAACCGUAUCAAUGCUUGGAAUGUGGAAAGAGCUUUAUCAGAAGCACAGACUUCUGUCGUCAUCAAAGAAUUCACAGUGGGGAGAAACCAUACCAAUGUUUGGAAUGUGGGAAGAGCUUCAGUCGGAGUGACAAUCUGGCUGCCCAUCAAAAAAUUCAUACAGGGGAAAAAUCAUACCAGUGCUUGGAAUGUGGAAAGAGCUUCAGUCGGAGACACAAUCUCACUGCUCAUCAAAGAAUUCAUACAAGGGUGAAACCGUAUCAGUGCUCGGACCAUGGAAAGAGCUUUAAGAGAAGCACAGACCUCUGUCGUCAUCAAAGAAUUCACGUAGGAGAAAAAUCAUAAACCAAGUGGUGGCUGGUAGUCACUGGAGCUCAGAUAUCUGCUUAGGAGGUCAUGGAGCUGUGUCCAAGUGUUCUCCUCAUCCUUCUCUCUUGCAAAGGUAAUGUGGACAUGUAAACAUUACAGCUGUACAAAUACUCAGCAUCUAACUAAACUGAAAAUUGUGUUACUUUGGUUCAGAAGGGCUUUCUGCUGUCAUUGUUCAUCCACUGCUAGGAAAAAGUUGUGUAGCCUUCACCUGUUCUUACUUUCUCCCUAUCUUCCUCUUUUGCAAAGAAACACCAGACGCUUAAGCAUUACAUUUGCAUAAAUACUUGGCACCUAAGUGUCUUACCUUGGUUCAGAAUUGCUGUCACAGUUUAUGGUUUGGAUUCAUGCCACAAUGACAGUACAUUGCUCAGAGGUAUGCCCCAUUGAUUUCUAUGGAGAUUAUUCCCUUGUAACCAUGCACACGAUUGCCUGAAUUGGUUAGUUUUAAACGUGCCACACCGGAUUGUUAACAAGACUGCUUAGAAGGGCCCCAAAUAAUUUCCAGACCUAUGGCAAAAAGGAGUAUUUCCUACACCAGCUUAUUCACCUCUACUUCUUUCCAAAAUGUGGAAUAAAGUAAAGGUAUAUAAAGUGGAGUAGGAUUUGGGAGGCCAGGUUAAAAUUACUGCUCAGCUGCAAAGGUCACUGUCUCUCAGGCUAUCCUACCUCACAGGAUGGUUGUGAGGGUAACAUUAGGAAAGGACGAUCCAUGAAUGCCACCUUGAGCUUCUUAGCGGAAAGUGGAAGGGUGAUUUAAGAAAAUCCCAUGAGUUCAGUGCUUCUGCAUCCGUGACAGCCUGUGGGUAGAGGGCACCAAAUGCUAUAUGUUAUAUUGUAAGUUGUAUGAAUCAUCCAGGCAAAAAUAUUUAGUGAAACCUUUGGGGGUGCUUCCUCCCCUCCGUGAUAUAGAUACGAUCAAGUUUCUCCUACCCAGUUUGGACAGGUUUGUAAUGUUUCAUACAGCUACAAUUACAGUGAAGGCUGCUCUACUUAGACAAGUAUACAUGGCCAGUCUUGGGAUUUAUGAUUUUGUUUCUUGUCUGUGCUUUAUUGCUUUAUGUUGCAUUUGAUAGGUUUUUGUGUAUAAUUAAUGUUUGAGUUUUUAUCCAGCUACAACCUGUAUUUGCUUUGCUUAUGAAUAAUGUUUCGAAUGGGACGAGAUGUAAUACUGAUAAGUUAAGAAUGAUGGCAAAAAGGGUACCACCGGCCUGCCUGUCCCCAGUUUUGAAUUGGGGGAGGUGUGCGCUCGUGCGUGACCAGUUUUGGAAUCAUGAAAAAAGACCAACCUAAAACUCAGAGUCGCUGUCUCUUAGCCUACCUCACAGAGUUGUUGUGAGGAUAACAUUGGGAAAAGGAGACCUAUGAAACUAGAGCCACCUUGAGCUUCUUGGAGGAAAGGUGGAAUGGAUAUAAAUACUAAUAA